AAAAAGAAAACAAAUCUCGGGCAAGGUGCAACUCUGCACCUCAACCACGGCGUUUGCGAAUUCGAGCAUUGCGGACCGGAAGUUUUGGCGCUGAUACGGAAACGAGCAUUUCAACAAUUUCCUUUUUGGGACGGGGAGGAGGGGAAAGGGCAAGGAGGAAAAAGACACACACUCCUGGAGACGGGAAAGCAACAGGACAAACCCGCCACACAGCAAAAGCUUGAUGGGCACGAGGAUCAACACCACGCGGAGAGGAGUUCGGUACCCAUGGAUGCUGGACGGGAGGGUCCGCAAGGGGUGGGAAGCAAAAGAGGAGACGGCGUCGCGGACUAUUCAACUUUAUUCGGGCGCCUACACCGACCACGGCACCGGGCUAGCGGCGGCACUCCCCGGUCAAAGACGAGACGAGACCGGUCUGUCUACCCUCCAUCACAGCAUUCCCCAUCUCUUUUCAUCCUCCUGUCUGCCCAUGGGCCGGUCAGUCGUGCAUUAGCGAACGUCGACCGCGUCUGGCUCGGCUCUCGACUUGUAUCUGAGCAUCUCACCCAUCUCACCCAUUCAACCCCUCCGCCACCACUCACACUCACACUCAAACUCACACUUACGCUCACUCACACUCUCACUCAAACUCGCUCACACUCAUCAUCACAAGCUUCGCGAUAA